AUGUCUACUGCUGCUCAAGACCAGCGUGAUGCGCCCGAUGUUUCUGUGGAGCCUCCUGCGAAGAGUCGUCUCGAAAUCAGCGACGAUGUCAAAGAUGGGAUGAAAGGCGCGGUGAAAGUGGCUAUUCUGGCGCUCGGCAUGGCCGCGCAGGCCACGCAGAACGUGCCGUACUUGGGUGUGAUAUCGACUGCUCUGACAGAGUUCAUGAAGAUCCAAGAUGAAGUCGACCAGUGCAAGAGCGAGUGUAAAGCGACGAUGGCCGAUGCCAAAGAGAUGAAGGAAAUGAUUGAGCAGUUCCGUGACGAGUGUGUUGAGUCCGGGAAGGGUGAGGGUGCGAUGAGCAGGUCCCUUCGCAAAGCCUUUUCCGACCUCGAAAAGAUCGUGCUCGAGUGUAUCUUGACUCUUCAGAAAUGCAAGGCUGACUCGAAGCGGAAACGCGAUCGCGCGCGCCUCUUCUUGAAGCGAUCUGAUCUCGCCAAAUCAGUGAAGGAGUGUUCCUCGAAGUUGGCGAAAGCUGUGCAACGGUUCAACACGACACUGCAAGUCGACCAAGUCAUCAUCCUGGAGAAUAUGCAGCAUGCCAUCAGUAGAAUCGAGGCGCAAACAUCUGGCGUGCCUCAUAUCAUUGCGUCCGUUAUAUCCUCGACAUGGCGCCUGCGCGCUGCCAACAACAUCUUCCACGGCCGGGAAACCGAAGUUGCAGCCGCCGUCGACAUGAUCGUGAACAAGCAGCCCGCGCGCGUGGCAAUUUUGGGUCCCGGCGGGAUCGGAAAGACCUCUAUCGCUCUGGCGAUCUUGCACGACCCGCACGUGAAGGACCUGUACGGCGACCGCCGCUGCUUCAUGUCUUGCGAGGCCACCACGACUGCCGAUGCAGUCGUGCGUGCUCUCGCGGAUGCUUUAGGUCUCAUCGCUCUGGAUGAGAAGAUAUCUCCUGGACCAGCCCGUGAUCGUCUUUUUUCUUACUUGCGCACAUGCUCUGGGAUCGUCUGUCUGGAUAACUUGGAAACACCUCUAGAUUCCGAUAAAGCGGCGCUCGAAGAACUAUUGAACGAGAUUGCUGCACUCGAAUCCAUUGCUCUGUUAAUCACUAGUCGCGAUACGAGCAUCCCCACUAUCAAGUGGACGUCGCCUCCCCUUCCCCACAUUCAACCCUUCUCCCAGGGUGCUGCCCUCACUACCUGGGAUGAGAUUUGCAGCGGGCACGACGAAUACGCCGCCCGACUUGUCGACGCGGUCGACCGUAUGCCAUUGGCGGUCACCUUGCUUGCGCGCUUGGUCACCGUCGACGGGAGUGCCAAGAGGAUUUCGGAUCGUUGGGAGAAGGAGUAUACCGACCUUAUACGCAGCGGCCGAGGGAGCCACCGCUUACACAGUGUUGCGGAGUCAAUAGAGCUAUCACUUCGGGCUCUGCGUGACCGAGAGGCAGCUAUCAAGAUUCUCUGUGUCGUUUGCAUCUUCCCAGAGGGAUUCUGGUAUUGGUGUAUUCCCGAAUUGGAAGACGCUUUCAAGGAUCAUCCGAUGUCUGUCGACUAUUACCUGACGGAACUCAGGCAGCUCAGUCUCAUCUACACCGAGGAUCCAUUUGGGCAGGGUGUCAGGUUUUGCGCCCUCUCACCCAUCCGUCACCACAUUCUACAACACUGCAUAUCGGAUGAUCUCAUUAUCACGAUGGCCAAUCUUGUGGCACGAGACUCCUACGGGUGGGAUAACUCGUCGUUCUGGGCAUUUGUUCUGGAUCGCCCAGGGUCUUGUCGCGAUCGCUGCCUGGAAGUAGCGAUCUCCAAUUCAUCCGAAAUAUACGAUAGUGCCGUGCUCUCCCAAGCUCUUGCAUUUGCAAAGUCUCGUUCACUUGAGCUACGACUGCAAUCUGGCAUUCUUCGCCGUCUAGGAUACAUCAAACAAAUCGACGACUUUGAGGAUGCACGGGCACUAUAUUCAGAGGCUAUCCAGAUGGAUAAGCAGCUCGAAGAUAACACAGCACUGUACUUAGACUGGGUGGGGUGGCUUGAUUCUCGUGUCGGCGAGCUUCGUGGUAGAGAAGUAGUAGGGGAGGAUCUAGAGGAGUUGCAAGAAGCCAUACUGACGACCUGGGACUUCGGUCAGAAAUCACAAGCAUGGGUCGUACAAGACUCCGACGAGCGAUACAGGGAUCAUAACGUAGUAGCCCAAGCACAACAUAUGGUCAAUGUCGGGCGGCGCAAGCUCGAUAUGCCCAUCAUCUAUCGCAGCGGUCUCUAUUCGAAUAAGGACUCAACCGAUGACCUACACUCAUUGUACAAUGAAGGGAUCGAAUGUUUCGAGCGAUUGCUGCAGACGUCCCCUCCGCCAUGGGACCUAACCUUUAUACUCGGAACACAUCGGGCACUCGGGCACCGCAUUUGGUUGAAGACGUCGCCUAGCGGGUCAGAAUGGGAGUCUCGAGAGGCGGAGGGAGAGGUGGUAGAAGACCCGGAGAGUGAUGUGGACGAGGCCGAUGACAGCGAGGGAGAAAGCGAGGAGAGGUCUGAGGAGGAUGAGAGUCUGAGCGCGCGCGUGCGCUGA